GCGAAGGUAUAAGCACAACACAGCUGACUCUCCCGCCCGUAACGCACAAAAGCCAGAACGACUGGCGGUUUCCGCCCUGCUCCAUAUCGGCGACAUUGUUCCUUUAUCAUUUAAUGGUUGUGUUUUGCUUUCCCGUUUAUUUUGCCGACGGUCCCCGAGCGCCGAUGAAGCCGCACAGCGGUUUGAACGGGAGUCGGUGCGGCGGCGGCGGUGACGUCAGAGCCGCUGGUGUUCUGAGGAGUUCUCAGAAUAGAAUUCUAGGAAAUGGUGAAUUUUAAAAGCCGAGCCUACACACUGUGUCCUUCACACGUUGGGCUCCCAUACUGGAGGCUACACACUCCGCACUACUGUCUCCUUUAUUUUGGGGGUUUUGUUUUUUUGUUGUUGUUGUUGUGUUGUCUUUUUUUUUAAAACGACGUAGUUUGUUUUUUUUAUUUUAAUUUUUUUUUUUUACAUGCAUCGCUCUAGACUAUCUGUAGGUAAAUCUGGCGUUUCGGUCACGCAGACCAGACCCGAGCCUCGUCCGACGCGCGCGGCGUUGUGAAAUUUACACAUUUUUUUUUUUAAUGAAACUCAGCCGCUGUUUAGACCACAUUUCAUCCCGUCGCGUUUACUGUACGGGGAACAAACAGCAGCCGGAUUUGGCCCACAAGGAUUUAAUACAAAGCAUGAUUCUUUGUGUUCAAGGUCCUACGUCUCUUCUGCCCACCGGCCCACCCAGUGACGCCCGGCUGGGCAUGCGGACGGGAAAUGUGUCCCCAUCCCACUGCCUUCAGAGCACCCCUCCGCUAUGGGACCCCACAAAGGACCUGAGGGCCAUCGCCAGCAACUUCUGCUAUCUGGAAAAUUCAGGGUGGUACUGGGGAGCCAUAACGGCAGCUCAGGCCCACGCCACUCUUCAAGAGGCAACCGAAGGGGCUUUCUUGGUCCGGGACAGCAGCCACCCUCUGUACAUGCUGACCCUUUCAGUCAGGACUGCACGAGGCCCCACCAGCAUACGGAUCCAAUACAGCGGUGCCCAAUUUUUACUAGACUCCAGCUCCCCGGCCCGCCCCAGUCUUUUGUCUUUCGCGGAUGUGCCCAGCCUGGUGCAGCACUACAUGGGACCAGGGAGAAAGGUGGAGGAGGGGAAGGUGGAGGACGCGCCUUCGAAACCCUCCCAGCAGACCAAUCAGGAGACCUCUGUGGUGUUAAAGCUCACCAAGGCCAUGUACAAGCCCCAAGGCGCCCCCUCCCUGCAGCACCUCACACGCCUCGUCAUCAACAGACACUCGGACUGCCCUGACCAGCUACCACUCCCCAGGCCGCUGCUGCGUUACUUGAAGGACUACCCUUUCAAGGUAUGAGAUCAACCCCCCGGCUUCUGCUGGGCGCAAGCAGAAUCUCAGUGGACCUCGAGGGAAAUAACAAAAACAACAACAACAAAAAACUGUGCAAAUCGGUCCACGGUGCCAAAUAAUAGACAUUGCUGCUCAAGCAGUAGCAGUGACAGGCCAGUCACAAAAUGUCACUGGACACAAGGUCAUGUUUUUGGUCAAAAGAAAAGAAAGAAAGAAGGAAAAAAAAAACAGAAUUUGUCCAAAAGCAGCAAUGACUAACGUGUCUGGUUUGAGACUUAAUUCAUCGAGGCUGGGUUGAGACACACACGCACACGCACGCACACACACAUGCGCACACACACACACACACCGGCAGAAGAUGAAGUGCAAACAAAGUUCAGUACUGUACUGUAUGUUAUUCUACGGAUACGACGGAUGUGGAGGCUGUCCGUGUCCUCCUCGCCCUCGUCGGUUCUGGGUGUGUAUCGAAUGUACUGUUUUCUGAGCAGUAUACCAUUUUCAGUCAGUGACAUCUUUUCACCCUUUUAUCCUUGUCACAGUGAAUAUUUGAAUUUUUCUACCUUUCACGUCUGUUCAAUUUUCUAUUAAAAAGAAUCUGAUGUAAUCUAAUUGCAGUCUUCCAAGUCA